AAGGCAGCGUCCAGCCGGGGCCACAGCCGACGCGAAGCCCCGCGCAGGGGGGCGGGACGUCGGGGCGCCGCGCUGCCCAGCACGAAGCGGACUGCUGGGGUCUCCCGCACGCACGUGGCCGGGACGUGGGCCUGGGGCGCCUCCCCCCGGAGCUGGCGGGCUUUGCAGGGACCCAGGAGACGCCAAGUGGAGCGCGUCCUUUCCAGAGGGGCCGGUAGGGAACCUGAAACCCGCGCGCCUUGGGCGCCUCGGGGGAGCACGCGAGGCUCUUCGCUUCCAACAGCCCUGCGCCUUCACGAGGAAGAAAAGUGCACAGGGAAGUCAAGCGACCCCUCCGAAGUCACACAGCCCGGGAAGGUGGUAGGACCUCGAGGCUGGGAGAGGUGGGGCCAAAGGGGAAUGACAAAUAGUUGUCCACGCUCCAAGAGGUGUAGAGGAAGGACCCGGCCGGACGGACGGCUUUUCCCCUAUCCUGAGGGUCAGGGGCGAGGCCGUGCGGGAGUGAGGACCAGAGAGGGUGGAUUUUCCACCGCCCCACAGUCUGGCUCGCUCCUGGCCCUGAUCUCCUCCGAGCAAUGCGAUCCGACACCAUCGGGUCCUAGCGGCCGGCGGGGAGCCUCCCCGGCCGCUGGCGAGCAUAGAGCCCCUCCCUCAGGAUCGGCCCCAGGGUCACCCCGAGACUGGGCACCGCUGGACGCCAGCAGCAGAUUUCCCGCUUCCUCAGCUUUGCUCCCGCCCGCAGUGGCUCUGGAGGUUCUGCCCAGCCGCCGCCUCCUCCCGGCAGCCCUCCGGACUCCAACGUCGGGCGGCCCCGGCUCCCUGCGCUCGGCCAUGGCCCCCCCGCCGCUGUGCAGGCUCCCGAGGUCGCUGCCGCCGUGGCUGCUGCUGCUGCUGAGCGUGGCGCUGUUGGGUUUCCAGGCCCGCGCCGAGCCCGCCACCGGGAGCGCGGUCCCCGCGCAGAGCCGUCCGUGCGUGGACUGUCACGCGUUCGAGUUUAUGCAGCGCGCCCUGCAGGACCUUCGGAAGACGGCCUACAGCCUGGACUCGAGGACCGAGGCCCUCCUGCUGCAGGCCGAGCGCCGGGCCCUCUGUGCCUGCUGGCCUGCCGGCCGCUGAGGCCCCUCACACGCCACUAUUCCCCCAUCAAUAAACACGGGCCCCACA